AUGAUAAAACAGCGGCUGUUAAACGGUCACAGCUUGCGAGAUUCGGAUGUUGGGCCAUUCGAUUCCCGCCAGAAAACUUUCAGCCUGAUCGGAAGGAAAGAUGAUGCGGUGAUAGCCUCUGAAGAGAGAACUCUUCCCGGGGCUCUCGGCGACGUCUCCGGGCUCGCUUGCGUCACCGCGGUUUCGCCCGAGAAGCGACGAGACGCCACCGACAUCGCUGCCAGCAGCGCCGCCAACCCCGGGCACUCUCGGGGUUCGGGAAUAUUAACCCGAUUCAUUUUGACGGAAGGCCGGCCGCUCGUCAUUCGCUUUUUUUGUUCUCUCUCACGAGAGACGAGGACAAAGAGAUUUAUGGAUCCGGCGUAUUUCGGGAAGACUUUCGCCUGCGUCUUAGGACCGACUGACCCGUGCUCGACCGCUGUUGGCACGGAACCCUUCUCCACUUCUGUCUUCGAAGGUCUCGUUCGAAUAUUUGCUACUACCACCGAGAUCUGCACCCGCGGUCGGCUCCACCCGGGCUCGCGCCCUAGGCUUUCGUGCCCACCGCGGCUCCCUUCUACUCCUACUCGUCGCGGCAUCGGUCACGCGCGCGCAUCGUUUUCGUUUUUCCAGCGCAAGCGCUCCUCGCCGCGACGGUCCGAGUUCGAGAUUUCAUCGUCGACUCUUCAUGACCAGACGAUUCUUCAUGACUGCCGUAGUAAUGAUGUUUUCCCUACUGUAUGUACCUGCUCUAACGUAAUCAUUAUAUCUUCUUCUUCUUCUUCUUCUUCUUCUUCUUCUUCUUCUUCUUCUUCUUCUUCUCCUACUGCUUAUUUUUCUUCUUCUUCUUCUCCUAAACCUCCUUGCUUCUUCUUCUUCUUAUCCUCCUCCUACUUCUUUUUUUUUCUUCUUCUCCCUUCUUCUUUCCUACUACUUCUUCUUCUUCUUCUUCUUUCUUCUUCUUCUUCUUCUUCUUCUUCUCCUCCUCCCUACUGCUUUUUUUUUUCUUCUUCUUCUUCCCUUGCCUCCUCCUUUCUUCUUCUUCCCUCCUCCUACUGCUUUUUUUUUUUCUUCUUCUUCCCCUCCUCCUCCUCCUUCUUCUUCUUCUUCUCCCCUCCUCCUACUGCUUCUUUUUCUUCUUCUUCUUCUUCUUCUUCUUCUUCUUCUUCCUCCUCCUCCUCUUACUUACUGCUUCUUCUCCCUCCUCCUCCUCCUUCUGGCAAUUUUUUUUCUUCUUCUUCUUCUCCUCCUCCUCCUCCUACUACUACUUCUUCUUCUUCUUCUUCUUCCCUCCUCCUACUGCUUCUUUUUCUUCUCCUUCUUCUUCUUCUUCUCCCCUCCUCCUCCUCCUACUGCUUCUUCUUCUUCUUCUUCUAUAUGACACGUCUCUUCAGGACAUAA